UUAAAAGUGCAUUGUCAUUAUUAUUCCAAUUCCAAAUGCAUGUGAGCAAUUUUCAAGUUGCAUUAGGCUCGCUGCCGCAUCAGAUUCCACGGGCGAAUCAAACACACAAGUAUUUGCCUUUAAAAAAAAUUUCUUUGAUUUACGAGGGAUAAAGAUAAACCAGCGUAAUUUUCCCGAGAAUCUGAGAGUUUUCCCGGAAACCCAGCUGGAGAAAAGGCACGACUUCUGCAUGACGAUCAUCUACGGGUUGGUGCUGAUCGGCGUUGUUUUUGCGUAUACUAGAAGUGCGGGCAUCGUAUUGCUCCUCGCUCUUGUUGGAUAUAUCAGUCUCAAAGACUCCGAGAGGAAGAAGAACUCGUAUCCUGCUUUGAAUCUCGAAACGGUUCCGAUCAGUUCGUGCUCGAAAGAUCAUCAGAAAAUCUACCAGGAAUGGUUUCGAUUCGUUGAUUCAGACGCUGAUGGCCGCAUCACCGGGAGUGAUGCUAUAAAGUUCUUCGGCAUGGCCAAUCUGAAUCGGGAGGAGCUCAAGCAGCUAGUUUCUCAUGCACAAGCUGGACAUGAUAUUACACACGGUUUAUUGAAUAGCAACGUUGGCUUGGAAAGUCUGAAACUUCCUGUUAUGGAGGGUUUGGAUGCAUUAUUAUUAGCGAAUAAAAAGCAUUUGCCCAAGUCAAAUGAAAACAAAGUAAAUGGAACUGCUGUGGUGCAGCAAUCACCUUCAGCACUUUGGUUUUCUCCAGAAUCAUCAAAAAAGAUACCGCUUUCUUCUGUAACAUCAAUUAUUGAUGGGUUGAAGAGACUGUAUGUUCAGAAGCUGAAGCCAUUAGAAGUUACUUAUAAGUUCAACAAUUUUGUAUCCCCAUUAAUGACAAAUGGUGAUUUUGAUGCCAAACCCAUGGUUAUGCUUUUGGGUCAAUACUCCACUGGGAAAACAACAUUCAUUAAACAUUUGCUUAAAAGUAGUUAUCCAGGAGCUCACAUUGGUCCUGAGCCUACAACCGAUCGAUUUGUCGUUGUUAUGUCUGGGCCUGAUGAAAGAAGUAUUCCUGGGAAUACUAUUGCCGUCCAAGCUGAUAUGCCAUUUAGCGGUCUUACAACUUUUGGAACAGCUUUCUUGUCAAAGUUUGAGUGUGCUCAAAUGCCACAUUCUCUGCUAGAACACAUUACUAUUGUGGAUACUCCUGGAGUUUUAUCUGGAGAGAAGCAACGGACGCAAAGAGCCUAUGAUUUUAAUGGGGUAACUUCGUGGUUUGCUGCGAAGUGUGACCUCAUUCUACUUCUGUUUGAUCCUCACAAACUUGAUGUUAGUGAUGAGUACAAGCGUGUUAUUUCAUCUUUACAUGGCCAUGACGAUAAAAUUCGUGUUGUUCUGAACAAGGCAGAUCAAAGUGAUACUCAACAAUUGAUGAGGGUUUAUGGAGCGUUGAUGUGGUCACUUGGGAGGGUUUUUAAUACUCCCGAGGUCAUGCGAGUUUAUAUCGGCUCAUUCAAUGACAAACCUGUAAAUGAGGCUGCUACGGGUCCAGUCGGGAAAGAACUCUUUGAAAAGGAACUGGGAGAUCUUCUGUCUGAUUUAAACGAUAUUCCAAAGAAGGCUUGUGAGCGCAAAAUCAACGAAUUUGUGAAGCGUGCCAGAGCUGCCAAGAUACAUGCAUGCAUAAUUAGCCAUUUAAAGGCGGAGAUGCCUGCCAUGUUUUGGAAAUCUACGGCUCAACAGAAGCUUAUUGAUAAUUUGGAAGACGAAUUUAAAAAGGUUCAGGGGGAGCACCAUCUACCUCCAGGGGAUUUCCCGGACGUAAACCGCUACAGGGACAUCUUGAGUGGUUACAGCAUUGACAACUUCGAGAAGUUAAAACCUAAGAUGAUAGAUGCCGUCGAUGAAAUGCUGGGUUAUGAUAUCCCGGAACUCUUGAAGAAAUUCAAAAAUCCAUACGACUAAUGGGGGCAAACAGUUCUGAGAAGUAUCAUGAACUAUGGUGGCUUUGAAAUGUAUAUGUUGAUGGAGCAUUGCUCUUCUUGAGCACUUGGUGUUUGUUGUAGCAUAUUAUGGUUUCAACUCGUAUUAUAGUUCCGGGAUUUAGAUAUUGUCAAUCGCUAUAGAAGGUUUCUCAGGCAGGCGCGGAGAGAUUUUUCAAAAUGCUAGGAACACGGGAUGGUAUACCACAUGUCUCGAUACAAGUGGUAAGAUUCUUGUGUUAAAAAAUUAAUAAUAUAAAAAAUAAAAUUUAUCAUCGC